AUGCCGCCGGAGCACCCUGCCCGAGAUAUGCAUGAUAAUUUUUAUUUAGACACUAAUCUUUUGCUGCGCACUCAUACUUCUAAUACGCAAAUAAGAAUUAUGGAAAAUAAUCCCAAUCAAGAACUAAAAGUUAUCACGGCCGGCAAGGUUUAUCGACGCGAUGAAGACGACGCGACCCACACGCAUCAAUUUACUCAAGUUGAAGGUUUUGUAGUUGGUCGGGAUAUUUCUUUUUCUCACUUGAAAGGCACAUUAGAACUAGUUUUGCAAGAAUUGUUUGGAGCUGACCACCCCAUUCGUUUUCGUCCUUCUUAUUUCCCUUUUACUGAACCGAGUGUAGAAGUUGACGCUCAAUGUAUUCCCUGUCGAGGUCAAGGAGCAGGUUUGAUUCAUCCCCAAGUGCUAAAAAAUUGCGGAUUUGACAGUCAAAAGUUUACGGGUUUGGCUUUUGGUUUAGGAGUAGAGCGCUUAUUAAUGAUAAAAUAUGGUGUAGAAGAUAUUCGCCACUUUUAUGAAAUUAAAAGCAAUGGCUCAGCAAAAAAAAAAAAAAGUGAAAAUGCUUCUUAUCUUGUCAAUGAAAAUAUUCGCUUCCCUCGUGUAUUGUUAAUAGAAGAAGAGGAAAAGAAAAUUGUGAGCCGCCAAGAAGCAUUAGCGCGGGCACAUAAGUCUAACUUAGACCUUCUUUGUGUUGCUCCUGCCGCUACCCCACCAGUUUGUAAAUUAGUUAAUUAUCAAAAAUAUCUUUUUACUCUUAAUAAAAAAAAAAAGAAAACUAAAGAAGGCGCCCAUAAAGAUAUACGGAUUUCUUUUGCUAUUGCCGAAAGUGAUUUACAAGUUAAAUUGCGCCAAAUUAAGCAAUGA